AUGGCAUUCGGAAAGCUCUACGGUCUGCCUGACAACGGUCGCACCAUCUCCAUCCUGGUCGCUGCUAAGCACAACGACCUCGACUUGGAGCUGGUUAACACCCAGGCCAACUCUACCGCUGAAUUCAACACCAGCGCUGAGUACCUCAAGAUCAACCCCACUGGCAAGAUCCCCGCCUUCGAGGGUGCCAAUGGCUUCACUCUGUCUGAGGCUAUUGCCAUUGCCGUCUAUGUUACCUCCCAGAACGAGAAGACCACCCUUCUCGGCAAGACCAAGCAGGAUUACGCUUCCAUCCUCCGCUGGUUGUCCUUCGUCAACUCCGAGGUUCUCCCCAAGUUCGGUGCCUGGUACCGUCCUUUGUUGGGUCUGGAUGGUUACAACAAGAAGACUGUCGAUGAGGCCUCCAAGGUUGCCCUGAAGGCCAUCUCCGCCUUCGAGACUCACCUCACUGCCAACACCUACCUUGUUGGUGAGCGUAUCACUCUGGCCGAUAUCUUCGCUGCCUCCCUCCUUACCCGUGCUUUCGCCACUGUCUUGGACAAGACCUGGCGCGAGGCCAACCCCGCCACCACCCGGUGGUACAACACUAUUAUCAACCAGGACGCCUUCAAGGCCGUCGUCCCCAGCCCCAAGUUCGCUGAGGAGGUCGUCAAGUACGUCGCCCCCAAGAAGGAGCCCAAGCCCAAGGCCGCUGCCCCCGCCGCUGCCGCCCCCGUCGAGGCCUCUACCGCUGAGCCUAAGGCUAAGCACCCCCUUGAGGCUCUUGGCAAGCCCACUCUUAUCCUCGAUGACUGGAAGCGCAAGUUCUCCAACGAGGACCCCCGCACCGUUGCCAUGCCCUGGUUCUGGGAGCACUUCAACGCCGAUGAGUACUCUCUCUGGAAGGUCAACUACCGUUACAACAACGAGCUCAAGCUCACCUUCAUGGCCAACAACUUGAUCGGUGGCUUCCAGACUCGUCUCGAGGCUUCCCGCAAGUACCUCUUCGGUGCUCAGUCCGUUUACGGCGAGAACUACAACUGUGUCGUCUACGGUGCCUACAUGACCCGCGGCCAGGAGUGGGAGCCCGCUUUCACUGUCGGCCCCGACUACGAGGGUUACGAGUUCACCAAGCUCGACCCCUCCAACGAGGCUGACCGCAAGCUCGUUGAGGACAUGUGGUCCCAGGACGUUCCCGUCACUGUUGACGGCCAAGUUAAGGAGUGGGCCGAUGGUCACGUCUUCAAAUAA